AGACACCCAGUUCUUGGCUGGAACUCGGCAGCGGGGCCGCUGCUUGCUGCUCCCUGCCUGUGAGACAUAAAAGGCUCGUACACCACCCACGCAGUGUCCGGUCUCUCUGCUCCACUCCACGUGUGGAAUACCUCUUCGCUGCAAGAACAGCUGUAGCAGCAGGCAAGGAGGGGCGCCAGGUGCUUCAGGCCCCAUCUCCCACUACUUCCCCUGGGCAAAGCUGCAUCUGCCCUUUGGGAUUCUUCAGCGUGGGCGUGGCUUGCCUGACCAGAGAUGGACUCGUACCUGAUCCAGGUGAAUGGGAAGGCCUCCCUCCCAUGCCUCCGGGACGUCCACGUCUGCCUCCACGGGAAGAGCCCUUCCUCAGGAACCACGAAAGGCCGCAAGCCCCACUGGGCAGUCAGAGCCUCAGAAAUGUCCAAGAGGACCUUCAACCCCAUCCGAGCCAUUGUGGAUAGCAUGAAAGUGGCCCCCAAUCCUCAGAAGCCCCUGAUCUCUCUGUCCAUAGGGGACCCAACGGUGUUUGGCAACCUCCCUACUGACGAGGAAGUCAUGCGGGCUGUGAAGGAAGCCCUUGACACAGGGAGCUACAAUGGUUAUGCUCCUUCUGUAGGUUACCUGUCUUGCCGGGAGGUGGUUGCAGACUAUCACAGCUGUCCAGAAGCUCCUCUAGAAGCACAGGACGUCAUCCUGACAAGUGGCUGCAGUCAGGCCAUUGAACUUGCCCUGGCUGUGCUGGCCAACCCUGGGCAGAACAUCCUGGUGCCGCGCCCUGGUUUCUCCCUCUACAAGACGCUGGCACUUUCCAUGGGGAUCGAGGUGAAAUUCUACAACCUCUUGCCAGAGAAGUCCUGGGAGAUCGAUCUGAAGCAGAUGGAGUCCUUGGUGGAUGACAAGACAGCUUGCUUGAUUGUGAACAAUCCUUCCAAUCCGUGCGGUUCUGUCUUCAGCAAAACUCACCUCCAGAAGAUUGUGGCAGUGGCCUCCAGGCAGUGUGUCCCCAUCUUGGCGGAUGAGAUCUAUGCAGAGAUGGUUUUUGAGGACUGCAAAUAUGAAGCCCUGGCAAAAGUCAGUGCCAAUGUGCCUGUCCUAUCCUGCGGAGGCCUCGCUAAGCGGUGGCUGGUUCCCGGCUGGAGAAUGGGCUGGAUCCUCAUCCACGAUCGCAGAGACAUCUUUGGCAAAGAGAUCCGAGAUGGGCUGCUCAGGCUGAGCCAAAGGAUCCUGGGGCCCUGCACAGUGGUCCAGGGAGCACUUGGAGGCAUUCUUCGCCGGACAUCCUCCGAGUUCUAUCACAACACCCUCAGCUUCCUCAAGUCCAAUGCUGACCUCUGCUACAGCGCCCUGUCUGCUGUCUGUGGCCUGAAGCCCAUCCAGCCAUCAGGGGCCAUGUAUCUCAUGGUGGGGAUCCAGAUGGAGAAUUUCCCAGAGUUUGAGAAUGAUGUGGAGUUCACUGAGCGCCUGAUUGCCGAGCAGUCAGUUUUCUGUUUGCCUGCUACGUGCUUUGAGUACCCCAAUUUCUUCCGUGUGGUGAUCACUGUUCCAGCAGACAUGAUGAUGGAGGCAUGCCAACGCAUCCAGCAGUUUUGCGAGCAGCAUUACCAGGGCGGCGAGGGGGCCCAGGAGCUGGAAUGUGACAAGUAGCCGUGGGCACCUCCUGUGCUCCGCCUGCCGUCAAGUCAGGCCACCGAGGCUGUGCCGUGGCUCCUGGCCCUCUUGAUCGAGCCGGCAGCAGUGCUAGGUGCUGCAGUUCCCAGCAGGCCCCUGUGGCCUCUUAUCCAGAUGGAGCACCAGAUGCAGUACAGAACUUGAAUGGAACUCUCAGAGACACUCCUUCCCUCUGGUGGGCUGCCUGUCAGGGCCCAGAGCAGGCUGAAGGGCAUUGGCAGGUGUCAUGGCGUGCGCAUGUGUGCUCAUGUAGCAGGGUCUUUUCGGCAUCCUCUGCAGGGGUCUGGGGAAUGGUUGACAGAGCCCUAGCCACCAGCAUGCAGACUGGAGCCAGAGCUGAGGGCCUGGCUAUUCUGCAGAAGGAGGGGUGACCCUUGGUGUGACACAUGGGGCAAGGGAUGGCCCCUUCCUUCUGAUCCUGCUUGAGGUGCGUAAGUUAUUGUUCCUUUUGUAUAGGUAAAUAGCAGACCUUGUGUUGA